GAAAUACUGGAUAGUUCCCACAAUGGAGGACGGGAAGCCCGUUUGGGCUCCACACCCAACUGAUGGGUUUCAGAUGGGCAUCAUUGUGGACAUUGGUACUGACUACUUAACUAUUGAACCUUUGAAUCAGAAAGGCAAGACUUUCCAGGCUGCUAUCAAUCAAGUGUUUCCUGCCGAAGAGGACAGCAAAAAAGAUGUGGAAGAUAAUUGUUCCCUUAUGUAUUUAAAUGAAGCCACUCUCCUUCACAAUAUCAAAGUUCGAUACAGUAAGGACAGAAUUUACACAUAUGUAGCCAACAUUCUUAUUGCAGUGAAUCCAUAUUUUGAUAUACCUAAGUUCUAUUCUUCGGAGACUAUUAAAAAGUACCAGGGUAGAUCACUUGGGACACUGCCACCACAUGUCUUUGCUAUUGCUGAUAAAGCAUACCGUGAUAUGAAAGUACUCAAGAUGAGUCAGUCCAUCAUAGUUUCUGGAGAAUCCGGAGCUGGCAAGACAGAAAACACUAAAUUUGUUUUGAGAUAUUUGACCGAGUCCUACGGUACUGGCCAAGAUAUUGAUGACAGAAUUGUAGAAGCAAAUCCAUUAUUGGAAGCCUUUGGAAAUGCAAAGACUAUUCGUAACAACAAUAGCAGUCGCUUUGGGAAAUUCGUGGAAAUUCACUUCAAUGAGAAGAACUCGGUGGUUGGUGGAUUUGUAUCACAUUAUCUUCUGGAGAAAUCUCGGAUCUGUGUGCAAGGCAAAGAAGAGAGGAAUUAUCAUAUCUUUUACAGGCUUUGUGCCGGUGCUCCAGAAGACAUUAGAGAAAAACUGUAUCUAAGCUCUCCUGACAGCUUCAGGUAUCUAAAUCGAGGCUGCACAAGGUACUUUGCUACCAAAGAAACAGACAAGCAGAUUUUGCAAAAUCGCAAGAGUCCUGAGUAUCUUAAGGCAGGUUCCUUGAAGGAUCCACUCUUAGAUGACCAUGGAGACUUUAACAGAAUGUGCACAGCAAUGAAGAAGAUUGGACUGGAUGAUGCAGAAAAACUUGACCUUUUUCGAGUAGUGGCUGGUGUCCUUCACCUUGGAAAUAUUGAUUUUGAGGAAGCUGGGAGCACUUCAGGGGGCUGCACGCUGAAGGCGCGGAGCCAGCCGGCGCUGGAGUGCUGCGCGGCGCUGCUGGGGCUGGACGAGGAGGACCUGCGCGUCAGCCUGACCACGCGCGUCAUGCUCACCACGGCAGGGGGCACCAAAGGAACGGUCAUCAAGGUACCCUUGAAGGUGGAACAAGCAAACAAUGCUCGUGAUGCCUUGGCUAAAACGGUAUACAGUCAUCUCUUUGACCAUGUGGUGAACAGAGUGAACCAGUGUUUUCCAUUUGAGACUUCUUCUUUCUUCAUUGGAGUUCUAGAUAUAGCUGGUUUUGAAUACUUUGAACACAACAGUUUUGAGCAAUUUUGUAUCAACUAUUGUAAUGAAAAACUGCAGCAAUUUUUUAACGAAAGGAUUCUGAAAGAGGAACAAGAACUUUACCAAAAAGAAGGCCUGGGGGUUAAUGAAGUACGCUAUGUAGAUAAUCAGGACUGUAUAGAUUUGAUUGAAGCAAAAUUAAUAGGUGUGCUGGAUAUUUUGGAUGAAGAAAAUCGUCUUCCUCAACCGAGUGACCAGCAUUUCACUUCAGUUGUGCACCAAAAACACAAGGACCAUUUCAGACUCUCUAUCCCUAGGAAGUCUAAACUGGCUGUUCACAGAAAUAUCAGAGAUGAUGAAGGCUUUAUUAUCCGGCAUUUUGCAGGAGCAGUAUGCUACGAGACGACACAAUUUGUGGAAAAAAAUAAUGAUGCUUUGCACAUGUCACUUGAAUCUCUUAUAUGUGAAUCCAAGGACAAGUUUGUUCGGCAGCUGUUUGAAUCCAACACUAAUAACAACAAAGAUCCCAAACAAAAAGCUGGGAAACUUAGUUUCAUCAGUGUGGGAAACAAAUUCAAGACUCAGUUAAAUUUGCUUCUUGAGAAGCUUCACAGUACUGGAUCUAGCUUUAUUCGCUGCAUCAAACCUAAUUUAAAGAUGACAAGUCACCAUUUUGAAGGAGGACAGAUCCUCUCCCAGCUUCAGUGUUCAGGAAUGGUGUCUGUUCUGGAUUUGAUGCAAGGUGGUUUCCCUUCACGAGCUUCAUUUCAUGAACUAUAUAAUAUGUACAAGAAAUAUUUGCCUGAAAAAUUGGCGCGACUGGAUCCCAGACUCUUUUGCAAGGCACUAUUUAAAGCUUUGGGACUGAAUGAAAUUGAUUACAAAUUUGGGUUAACCAAGGUGUUUUUUAGACCUGGCAAGUUUGCAGAGUUUGAUCAGAUAAUGAAGUCUGAUCCAGAUCACUUAGCAGAGCUAGUUAAAAGAGUGAAUCACUGGCUCAUCUGCAGUCGCUGGAAAAAAGUUCAAUGGUGUUCUCUCUCAGUGAUUAAACUGAAAAAUAAGAUAAAAUACCGAGCUAGUGCCUGCAUCAAAAUACAAAAGACUAUUCGUAUGUGGCUUUGCAAGAGAAAACACAAACCACGCAUUGAUGGUCUGAUAAAGGUCCGUACGCUGAAAAAGAGACUUGAUAAGUUUAAUGAAGUAGUAAGUGCUCUGAAAGAGGGGAAGGCAGAGACAAGCAAGCAGAUCAAGGAGCUGGAGUAUUCAAUUGAUGCUUCAAUGACCAAAAUUAAGACCACAAUGAUGACUAGGGAACAAAUAAUGAAAGAAUAUGAUGCUUUAGUUAGAAGCUCAGAGCAGCUUCUGAGUGCACUGCAAAAGAAAAAACAGCAAGAGGAAGAAGCAGAGAGGUUACGACGCAUCCAGGAGGAAAUGGAAAAAGAAAGAAAGAGACGUGAAGAGGAAGAGCAAAGGAGAAGGAAGGAAGAAGAAGAAAGGCGUCUGAAAUCUGAGAUUGAAGCAAAGAGAAAACAGGAAGAAGAAGAAAGGAAAAAGAGGGAAGAGGAAGAAAAGCGUAUUCAGGCUGAAAUUGAGGCUCAGCUAGCUAGAGAACGAGAAGAGGAAACCCAGCACCAGGCAAUUCUUGAACAGGAACGUCGUGAUCGUGAACUUGCAAUGAGAAUUGCCCAAACUGGAGCAGAACUCAGCACUGAAGAGACAAAGCUUGAUGUAGGAUUGUGCAGAGCCAAUGGAACAAAGCUGCAAAUGACUGCGGAACAAAUGGCCAAAGAAAUGUCAGAAAUGUUGUCUAGAGGUCCUGCAGUUCAAGCUACAAAAGCUGCUGCUGGUGCUAAGAAGCAUGACCUGAGUAAAUGGAAAUAUGCAGAGCUUCGUGAUACCAUCAACACAUCUUGUGAUAUUGAACUACUGGCGGCUUGCAGAGAAGAGUUUCAUCGAAGGCUAAAGGUGUAUCAUGCUUGGAAAUCCAAGAACAAGAAACGCAAUGCAGAAACAGAACAGCGUGCUCCCAAAUCAGUCACAGACUAUGCUCAACAGAACCCAACAGCUCAGCUACCAAUGAGGCAGCAGGAGAUUGAAAUAAAUAGACAACAGCGUUACUUCCGCAUUCCCUUCAUCCGUCCCAUGGACCAAUAUAAAGAUCCCCAAAACAAGAAGAAGGGUUGGUGGUAUGCACAUUUUGAUGGGCCAUGGAUUGCUCGACAGAUGGAACUUCAUCCUGACAAGGCACCCAUUCUCCUUGUAGCUGGUAAGGAUGAUAUGGAUAUGUGUGAGCUUAAUCUUGAAGAGACUGGCUUAACUCGAAAGCGAGGUGCUGAAAUUUUGCCGAGACAGUUUGAGGAAAUUUGGGAGCGCUGUGGAGGUAUUCAGUACCUGCAAAAUGCAAUUGAAAGCAGACAAGCUCGUCCUACGUAUGCUACAGCUAUGCUGCAGAACCUGUUGAAAUAAAUGUUCAUUUUGCACAGUAGCAUUCAUGAUGAGAACCCUUGCCCGUGAUACAAAGGGAAGAGCUCCUCUGUGCAACAGAGGAUGUAAUGUUCGUUAAUCGUAUUAGAGAUGUUUAAUAUAAAGUGAACAGAUUUUAUUAAUCAUGUGGUUUGUUAAUUUGUACUCUAUUAUGUUUAAUUUGUGUAGUCAGCUUUACUAGGUAUGAGGACCCUGAAGAAUUUUCAGUCAGUGUAGGUUGUAGCAUUAUGUUUAUACACUGCAUUUUUCUUAGCAGUUUCUGUUACAACACUUAACACCUUUAAACGAUCUAUCAGUAGUUGGGUACAUAGUACAAAGAACAGCAUUGCAACCAUUGUUUUAUAAAAUUCCCUCUUCAAAAUACUAAAUAGUGGGCUUUAAGUGGUGGACUAGUAAACAGUAUAUGCUGUAUCUCAUAACUGGAAUUGUGGGGCCUUAGCUUUGACUUCUGUUCUGAAGAAGUUGGAGUGUACUUUUAUAUAAUCUGAGAUAUUUUAUGUCCUGAUUUGAAAAGUGGUUAGUGUCUGUUUUUACUAACUUUUUCUGAAAGUGAUGGGAAAUCCUUCUAUACUUGAGACUCAUAACUUCCUACUGUUUCUGUUACUGUUCUGUUACUAUUCCUACUGUAUUCUCUGUUUUGUUUCUUACUGUUAUUCUCUAUUUUUUUCUGUGCAUUCUGAGAAUUCAUGUGUGUCAAUAUUGAGUAAUGUUGUACACAAAGAAUGUACUGCUUAUUACACCUUAUACCACAUAUUUCUGUUUCUUUUUUUUUUUUUUCCUUUAAAUACAAAUCUCAUUUUUUGGACCAAAUUUCUCUUCAGAAAAUAUGUCCAUUCUUGGACAACUAACUUAUCCAUGUAAUAUAAUUUAAAUAUAGCAUGCAAAACUGUCCAAGACUUGUAUCUGGAGGCAGAUAAGGAUAGCAUAAGGGAAAUCUGGUCAGCUUCUGGAUGGUAAUGUAACUUAACUGAACACUGAGACCUGUUUAUUUUAAUUGUAAUGAGAUGCACAAAGUCUGUACCUUUGGCUAGAUAAAAGUUUGGCCAGUAACAUAAUGCAUCAUCUACAUGCUGACGAAUUAGCUACAAUUUUUAGUAUACUAGACUAUUGCAGUCAUUCAGACACUGAUCUUUAUCUUGAUCUCCUUUGUCAGUGUCCUAGUUUGUAACAGUUGCUUAAUUAAGCAGUGAGAGAUUUGGUGGAUAGGAAUUACUAAUUUCAUUCAGUUUCAAGAUGGAUCCCAUCUACUGAUGUGAUUAUUUCACCAGGCUGGACAUUAUUUCAACGAAGUAGGUGUAGCUAUAUAUUAUUUCACUGUUAAGAAUUGGAAAUAUAAAUAACUUGUUGUCCCAUUACUUAUUCAACCUGAUACAAAAAUGAAAUCUUGCUCUACAAACUGACAGCUUGCUCACAGUACAAAAUAAUUUCCUUUCAGUUUACUGUGUUUGAAACCUUUUGAAAAAUGUUUAUAAACUUUAGUGUAUAAUUACAUAAAUAGAUAAAAGUCAUUAAUGACUUCCAAGAGAUACAUUUUUGUAGCACAGACAGAGAAAGCUCGUGAUGCGUGUGUCCUCGCUGAUCGUAAAUUAUGCUUGCCUGCCUAUGUCUAAUUAUUAUUACAAACGCACUCCUUACUGUAAUACAUGUGAAGGCAUUUGAGGAAUACAUUAACUCUGUAUGAAUUGGCCACAUCAGGGAACUUCAACUUCCAUUGCAUAAUCAUUCUGCUUUUUGAUCACAUGAUUACAAACUGGCAAAUGUGUUUUCGUUUUACUGAAAAUGCCCUCUAAGCUGAAGCAGUAAUUUUUGGCUGGAAGAUGAUAGGAGAAUUGACUAGCAAGUUGUGUGCAGAUCUGUACAACGUUACAUGACUUUCAAGGCACUUCUUAUGAAGCAUUAUUGAAUUGGAAUGAAGGUUUCAGAACUUCCAGUCUCCAAAAACUUAAAACUGCAAAAGCUUUGACGUUAUAUUUGACACAAGGAAAAGAAAAUCAGUGAAUUGAUAGGGCUGAGAAGCCCUGUCUUACAUUUUACUAUCCGGAUUUAAAUUCCCGUUCAGGCUCAGAUUAUAUAUAUAGAGCAGAUCUUAACAAGACUGAACACUAAGCAAAGAACCUCAGUACUUAAAGUGUGUGUGUGUGUACACAUAUAUAUACUUAAAAGCUUAAGUAUAUAUAUGUGUAUGUAUGUAUACGUAUCUGUAAACAUAACUGUGGGGAACUCUAAAUAAAAUCGUUAACUUAAUUUUUCCAGUCUGUUCCUUUCAUUAUGCCAGUAUCUCCUUGACUGAGGCUGUUUCUUGACAGCAAGUUGCCUACAGACUGGUAUUGGAAGGAAACUUUAUUUUCCUGACUUGAGUGUAUGGGAAUUUGUGUUAGUUAUAUGAUAAACAAAUAUUAGGUAUUGGACUAUAAAAUAGUGGAGGAGGAACUGGUGGCUGGAUGUUUAGACGUUCCCCAUCUCUGCACUGGUUGAGCAGUGUGCUUGAGAAGAUACAUUCCAUAAAUCAGGGUAUUCUAGUUUGCACAGUAGCACACCUCUGUUCAUUCUGUAUCAAAACAACACAAUUUUAGUUUUUGUCAAUCUUUUUGUGCAACAAAUUUUUCUUGUUGUUGUUCUCUUUUUUUUUUUUUUUUUUUUUUUUUUUCAAAUGAGAAAUAUUCAUCUACUUCUCCAGCUUUUCUCUGUUGUCUCAUCUACUGUGUCAGAUUGUGAUACUGUUGGAUGGUUUGGCACCAGUCUCUGGUCUUAAGGAUUGUGCUGUUAUCUAAUGCCCUUCUGAUCUACAGCUCUAGGGAAUAGAAAAAAAAGUUGUUUUUGAAGGAAAAUGAGGUUCUGUGUGUCUCAUUUAUAUAAACGUUUCCUCAUCCCUGUCAGUGCAGCUGCCCAUUAUAGUUGAGAACUUCAUGAAACACUCCAGAAAAUAAGGAGAGGAAGAGAAUCACUGGGCUACAUUCCUGACUAAGUACCAGUGUAGAGAGUGCUACUCAAGGAUCAUAAGGUCAUUACAUACUUGCCUAUUUGCCACCUUUGCCACUGUUGAGAUUGGUUUUCUUUUUGUCACUGAAGCCCUUGUUUGGUUGUUUUUUGUUUUUUUUUUUUCCUGUUGUUUUUUUUUUUUCCCCCAAAAAUAUUUUUAAAGUAUUUAAAUGACCUCCUAAUACUGUACUGAAAAUCUAAAAAAUAAAAUACAUUCCACGUUGAAACCUCA